AGACCGUACGGCGACAUGGGCGCGCUGGGCACGUCCGUACCGCAAGAUGGCUGCUCGGACAGGGACAGAGCCCGCCUCUGCCGCCUGGACAACUGCUCCCGGGUCCUCUAAGAGGAGGAAGCGCCACCCAUGGCACGCAGUGUCCCGUCGGACAGCAGAGCGAGCCGUCGUCCCGCGACACGACCCCACGCCGCUCGCAGGGCGCCCGGGGCUCGCGUUGGCCCGGCCGUACGCCAAAAUGGCGGCUCCCGCGUAUUUCCGCUUGCGCGCCGUAUCCUCUUUGCCGCCUGCCGCGCGCCCCGAUUGGCCCCCGCGGCGUCCCGUCGCCGCGUCGCGCUGCGGGCCCGUCGGAGCGACGCCGCUUGGGUCAGUCGGCGGCCGGACUGGGAAGAUGGACGCAGCCACUCUGACCUACGACACUCUCCGGUUUGCCGAGUAUGAAGAUUUUCCGGAGACCUCAGAGCCCGUUUGGAUACUGGGUAGAAAAUACAGCAUUUUCACAGAAAAGGACGAGAUCUUGUCUGAUGUGGCAUCUAGACUUUGGUUUACAUACAGGAAAAACUUUCCAGCCAUUGGGGGGACAGGCCCCACCUCGGACACAGGCUGGGGCUGCAUGCUGCGGUGUGGACAGAUGAUCUUUGCCCAAGCCCUGGUGUGCCGGCACCUAGGCCGAGAUUGGAGGUGGACACAAAGGAAGAGGCAGUCAGACAGCUACUUCAGUGUCCUCAAUGCGUUCAUCGACAGGAAAGACAGUUACUACUCCAUUCACCAGAUAGCGCAAAUGGGAGUUGGCGAAGGCAAGUCCAUAGGCCAGUGGUACGGGCCGAACACUGUCGCCCAGGUCCUCAAGAAGCUUGCUGUCUUCGACACGUGGAGCUCCUUGGCAGUCCACAUAGCAAUGGACAACACCGUUGUGAUGGAGGAAAUCAGAAGGUUGUGCAGGACCAGCGUUCCCUGUGCAGGAGCCACUGCGUUUCCUGCAGAUUCCGACCGGCACUGCAACGGAUUCCCUGCCGGGGCUGAGGUCACCAACAGGCCGUCGCCAUGGAGACCCCUGGUGCUUCUCAUUCCCCUGCGCCUGGGGCUCACAGACAUCAACGAGGCCUACGUGGAGACGCUGAAGCACUGCUUCAUGAUGCCCCAGUCCCUGGGCGUCAUCGGAGGGAAGCCCAACAGCGCCCACUACUUCAUCGGCUACGUUGGUGAGGAGCUCAUCUACCUGGACCCCCAUACCACGCAGCCGGCCGUGGAGCCCACCGGCAGCUGCUUCAUCCCGGACGAGAGCUUCCACUGCCAGCACCCGCCGUGCCGCAUGAGCAUCGCAGAGCUCGACCCGUCCAUCGCUGUGGGGUUUUUCUGUAAGACUGAAGACGACUUCAAUGACUGGUGCCAGCAAGUCAAAAAGCUGUCUCUGCUCGGAGGUGCCCUGCCCAUGUUUGAGCUGGUGGAGCAGCAGCCUUCACACCUGGCCUGCCCUGAUGUCCUGAACCUGUCCCUAGAUUCUUCUGAUGUAGAGCGACUGGAAAGAUUCUUCGACUCAGAAGAUGAAGACUUUGAAAUUCUGUCCCUUUGAAAAUCCUGGGGUCGGGGGUGGCACCUGUGAGAGCCUGGGGCUCCUGGUGCUGCCGCAUUUCAUCCAUACCGCCCGCUCGCCUGCCGAGGGCUGCGCCCCGUGCUGCCUCCCCCCAGAGGGCCACCCGCUCUGCUCGUGGACUGAGGCUGCGCUGCCCGGGAGGCCUUACUGCUUGGUGUCCGACUGCCCAGCUCAGAGUGCCCAUCAGGGCCUGUGCAUCUGCACACGGAGCCGUCUGUCAGGAGCUUCCAGAGCGUUCUCUGGACACUGCCAGCCCCGCGUUAGCGCCUGGGCCUCAGUCCCACUUGCUCCCAGGCGCCAGUUCUGUGGUUGGUUUGGAAUUAAAGUCCUGUUUGAAGUUGUCAGA